AUGCCUUCAACCCUACUGCGUGUUGUUGUGCUCGUGGCUUGCACUUUUCUUGGCCUUGUGUGCGGAACGCUAUAUCUCUACCUGUCUUAUGGCCCCCAAUUGGCAAUCCGACUCAGCUACUCUGCUGCCGACUCGUCCUCCAUUGGAUUGUUUGGUAGCGUGGGUAUAGCGCUCUCUGGUCCGAUAGCUGGAGUCGUGGUGGAUACCUAUGGAUACACCGCUGCUCUCCUGCUUGGUGCAGUCGGCAUUGUAUCCGGAUACGCAUGCCUCCAGAGACAGUACGAUGCUGCAUGGGCCAGUGUAAGUGUUCUGCGCCUGGCUCUUUUCCUCGUGGGAUGCGGCUCGACCUUCAUCAAUCUGGCAUGCCUCAAGUGCUGCGCUGUCACUUUCCCGCGCAUGCGAGGCGUGGCUACUGCCCUUCCUUUGGCGCUCUACGGUUUGCUGGCAAUGGUUUUUUCUGUCGCUGGUAGCAUGUUCUUCUCGGGAGAUCCCCUGGCAUUCCUCGCCUUCCUUGCUCGCGCCCUGUUCGGCGUGUUUGUGGUGUGCGCGCCCGCAGUAAUGCUCCGCGACGGCGCAACGACGCCAGGCCAGACAGAGAACGUGCCCAUGGUGGAUUUGUCGCGCGCGCGCCUGCCGCUCCACGCUGUGUCAUCUCAUCCUGUGCGGGCCUUGUCACCGCCGCGCCCUGCGGCUGAAGUAUCGGGCGCGCGCCUUCUCCGUUCGCCCCGAUUCUGGCUUCUUUUCAUCACAACGGGCGUGUUGGCCGCCGUUGGCCAAAUGUACAUAUACUCAGUUGGGUACAUGGCGAGCGCUCUCUCAGUUGCGCAACUGGACUCAGUAGUCAAUGCGGAACAAAACCAGCGCCUACAGGUGAGUCUUCUUUCUGUGGCCAACUGUGUCGGCCGUCUCGCUGCUGGUAUAUCGGGCGAUAUGGUGCAUCUGUGGCACUGCCCACGACGUUGGCUUCUAGUGGUCCCAGUUAUAGGGCUUUUGGUUGCGCAAGGGCUGGCACUUGCUGUUUCGGCCCCUCAUCGGUUGUCCCUUGCGUCGCUGCUUACGGGCUUUUUCUACGGCUACACGUUCUGCAUAAUGCCUCUAGUUGUGGGCGACGAGUUUGGCCUUCGUCAUUUCCUGGCUAACUGGGGCUUGGUAGGCCUUGCACCAGUGUUUCCGUCGUAUUAUUUGACGUCCUUGUUUGGACAAGUCUACGAUCUGCGAAGCAUAAACGGGGUGUGCAUGAGUGGGAGAGUCUGCUACGACUCUGUCUUUUACGUCACAACGCUAGCAGUGCUUUUAGCGGCCGUGCUGGUAGCGCUUUUCAAUCUCACCGGUCGCAUGCGACACUGA